CCUAAUAUUUAUCCACAACUGUACUCUCAAAAUAGCCGAAGCACCUGACAACACACGGAGCAAACGGCGCCGGCUAGUAAUGCGUGCCGAUGAUGUAAUUUAGUUUGAAUGUAUUGAAUUCUGGGAAAAAAAGACCCACAAGCAGUCCUUUCCAGCUUCCGGCUGUCAUCGGUGGACAUCCGGCUGCAUGAGUGCAGACGGUCAGAGGGAUUACGGCGCAGCCCGGCGGUGAAUGAGCGGGGAUGGAAAGUAGCGGAGCGGAGAUCCGCGCAAUCCCCAUCGCUGCUGUUCAUUGAGUAUAACCGCAGUCCAUGGCCGAGGGGCCGAAAAGACGCCCGCUCUCCAACGCCGUUCCGCUGUACAGCUGUAAUCCUUUGUGAUGCGUAUUUUUUGAAAGCAGUUAAGGCGUCACAUAAACAAAGAGAAACGUGCGAGUCCGGGGAGGUAUAAGAGUCCCGAACGAAGGAGCGUCUAACAAACAGCUACUGCUAACAUUGCACAUCCGGAGACACGCAGGUGAGGUCAUACCUGGGAGAUGUCCACCAUGGUGUGUCCACAUGAGGAGGCCUUGGAGCGUCUCACGCAGGAUGAGAUUGUCCUUAACACCAAGGCUGUGAUACAGGGCCUAGAAACUCUACGUGGGGAGCAUGCUCAGCUGCUCACUUCCCUGCUGGACUGUGGACAUCCACCAGCAGCCCAGGAGAAGUCCACUCUGCUACGCAAAAGCCUGGAGGCCAUUGAGCUUGGCCUGGGUGAGGCGCAGGUGAUCAUUGCUCUGUCCAGCCACUUGAGUGCGGUGGAGUCAGAGAAGCAGAAGCUGCGGGCACAGGUCCGUCGGCUGUGCCAGGAGAACCAGUGGCUGCGGGAUGAGCUGGCAGGAACCCAGCACAAACUGCAGAAGAGCGAGCAGAGUGUGGCCCAGCUGGAGGAGGAAAAGAAACACCUAGAGUUUAUGAACCAGAUAAAGAAGUUCGAUGAUGAUGUGUCACCCUCAGAUGAGAAGAACAAUGAGACCUCCAAAGACAGUCUGGACGAUCUGUUCCCCAAUGAUGAUGACCACGGACCAGCCCAACGCAGCGGGGAGGCGGCAGCCCAGCAGGGUGGCUAUGAAAUCCCAGCUCGAUUGCGCACCCUCCACAACCUGGUGAUCCAAUACGCCUCCCAGGGGCGUUACGAGGUGGCCGUGCCCCUGUGCAAGCAGGCGCUGGAGGACCUGGAGAAGACCUCUGGCCAUGACCAUCCUGAUGUAGCCACCAUGCUCAACAUCCUGGCCCUGGUGUAUAGGGAUCAGAACAAGUACAAAGAGGCUGCACACCUGCUAAACGACGCCCUGGCCAUCAGGGAGAAGACGCUGGGCAAGGAUCAUCCGGCCGUGGCAGCCACCCUCAACAACCUGGCCGUGCUCUAUGGCAAAAGGGGCAAGUACAAGGAGGCGGAGCCUUUGUGCAAAAGGGCCCUGGAGAUCCGGGAGAAGGUUCUCGGGAAGUACCACCCAGAUGUGGCCAAGCAGCUGAACAACUUGGCGCUGUUGUGCCAGAACCAGGGAAAAUAUGGUGAGGUGGAGUACUAUUACCGCCGGGCACUGGAGAUCUAUGAAUCCAAGCUGGGCGCCGACGACCCCAACGUGGCCAAGACAAAGAACAACCUGGCCACAUGCUACCUCAAGCAGGGGAAGUUCAAUGAGGCAGAGUGUCUCUACAAAGAGAUUCUGACCCGAGCCCAUGAGAAGGAGUUUGGAUCUGUCAAUAAUGACAAUAAGCCCAUUUGGAUGCAUGCAGAAGAGAGGGAACAGAGUAAGGACAAACGCAAGGACUCUGGUAUUUAUGUGGAAUAUGGUGGCUGGUACAAGGCUUGCAAAGUGGACAGUCCCACAGUGAAUAACACCCUGAAGAGCCUGGGCACGCUCUAUCGUCGGCAGGGCAAGCUGGAGGCUGCUAAGACCCUGGAGGAAUGUGCAACCAAGUCCCGCAAACAGGGCAUUGAUGCCAUUAACCAGAGCAAAGUGGUGGAGCUGCUGAAGGACGGUAUGCUGGGUGCUGACGAGCGGCGGCAGAGCCGGGACGGCCUGAACACUCCCGGGGGGCUGCGUGGUGAGGGGGAGGGUGAAGACAGCGCUGAGUGGAACGGGGACGGAAGCGGCUCCCUGCGCCGCAGCGGCUCAUUUGGCAAGAUCCGGGACGCCCUGCGCAGGAGCAGUGAGAUGCUGGUGAAGAAGCUGCAGGGCAGCGGCCCCCAGGAGCCACGCAAUCCUGGCAUGAAGAGAGCUUGCUCCCUUAACUUCCUGAAUAAGAGUGCAGAGGAUCCCUCCCAGCAGCCCAGCAAUGGCCUGUCAGAAUCUAGAGGACUGAGUGCCAGCAACGUGGACCUGUCAAGGCGUAACUCUCUCAUUGGCUGAAAACAGCAGUUGGGGCGAGGCAGGAAAAACAAAUGCCCUUGAUGGAGGCGUGGCUUAAUCCUGCCUAAGAAGAAGAAAUUGCUGAAGAAAAACAUUCAUUUAUUUAUAUAUAACAAACAAAAAAAAAGACCGCGGCUUUGACAGUGCGAUCAGUACAGGGGGAUGUCUGCUUUCUGUAAACUACACUGGAAACGAUCAAAGAAACAUAAGAGCGUCCGUGACCUUGAAGAGCAGCUGUAUAAACCUGCAUGCCGCUUCUAGGCUUGAGUUCUGGCUGUUUGGCCAGAAAAUUGAGGCGAAGGUUCAAGGGGUAUGAACUGAUGUAAGAAACAAAUGGGGAAGAAAAAAUAAUCUGUUUUAUUCUUUGCAGACACUCCUCAAAUAUUAGAAGCAUACCACUAGCUAGGAACAUGUUACAUUAUGUAUCUUAACGUAUUUAAGUAGUGGCAUGAAUGGAGAAUGCUUCCUACAUGCUCAGCUCUGCAAUUAUCAUCACGUUAGAACUGUAUGUAAAAAGUAUGUCUUCAACUAAGAUUUGCUUGUUUUGAGAAUCAAAGAGUUUAAAGGGGAAAAAACACACAAUUUGUGUAUAUUGCAAAAUCAGCAGCACGGUACAGUUGAAUUUCACUUUUUGCCUUCUUAUUUCCGUGUGUAUAUAUCGUUAUAAAUUAUUUUCCUUUGUACAUAGGGAAUUUGUUUACAUCAUGGACGUCAGGCAUGUCAUGUCAUAUAACGCUGUAAUAUAGUUUCACUUUGAUGCUUGCUGGAAACCAACCCACUUAACCCAAAACCCAGUUCCUAAGAUGAUUGGUUCAGUGUAGGUGGGCGUGUCAGGGAAGUGAUGAGAGAUCCUGCGCUGCUCGCUGCUAUUUGUAGUGCUUUCUUGUUGUAGCCCUCCUAUAGCAACCUGGGGAUGUAUUUAUUUUUAUUUGAAAGGGGGGGGGGGGUGGGCUUGUCUUUCAUGUUUCACAUCAUUAUCCUCAUCCUUGUAAGUUUAGCUAAUGAAGACUCACAUGUUCAUCUCCUUUUGUCAUGUAUAGUUUAGUGGAAAUCCACAGUACUCUCGUUGGAUCAGAGUGCUCGUACAUUAUAGAGCGUUGAGUGUUAUGAAACCAGCGUAAAGGCUUUCCAGGCAGUACGGCAGCUGACCAAUCAGCAUUGCAGCUGUGCCAUCUAACUGCUUUCAUAGGCAUCGCCACAUGAGCCCAGUAAGCACCUCAGUGAUAUUAAGGUCUUGCGCUACUAGUGCUUGGAUUGCAGUUGCCAAAUAUAGGAAGGUUGCCAUGUUCUUCUGGCCUUCUGUAAUUACGAACACAUAUAAACCCUUCAGGUAAACUGUGAAGGAAUGUAGUAUUUUUUUUUUCUUAUCUACUUGUCUCCACAGAGUGUCAGUGGUUUCUCAAUAGUGUGCUGUCUAGUCCAUAUAGUGCGUACAAGGACGUGCUAGAGGACGAACCUACUGUAAAGGGAGGGAGGGGCUGAUUGUCUCAGAGGAAAGCGCUUGAUGGGUGUGAAUGUCUGCCUGUGGAGCUCCGUACUCAUGAGAGUAGGGAGGUGGUAGAAGUGGUGGGCAGAGAAGUGUAACGUUGAGGGGAUGACAGACGUUGAUGGGAUGUUUCCUCUGUAAGGUGAUGUGUGACGCAUUGGUCACUCAUCUUCACAUGCCUCAUUCCGCCAAACCCUCUGCAUUGCUGCUUUCUUGUGAGGUCCGUGUGACGCUGUAAGCAGGCGUGAGCAGCCAUGCGGGCUCCCUUCAGCAAACCUGUCUUGUCCCUCAGGCUGGGAUACAGUGAACCAGGUACCUGGGAGUGGAUGGCAGGCUUGGGUGUGUUUGUACUGCAUCUUACAGUGAGGGUUCCAGCCUGGGGAGCUUUUAAUAAAGGUUCAUUAAAUAAAAUUAUACUUUUCAAACUCUA